UCCUGUCCGCAGUGGGAAGAGGUGAGCGGGUACGAUGAGAACAUGAACACGAUUCGCACCUACCAGGUGUGCAACGUCUUCGAAUCCAGCCAGAACAACUGGCUCCGGACCAAGUACAUCCGGAGGCGAGGAGCGCACCGCAUCCACGUGGAGAUGAAAUUUUCUGUCCGGGACUGCAGCAGCAUCCCUAACGUCCCAGGCUCCUGUAAGGAGACUUUUAACCUCUACUAUUUUGAGUCAGACGUUGACUCGGCCACCAAGACUUUUCCUAACUGGAUGGAGAAUCCCUGGAUGAAGGUGGACACAAUUGCUGCCGACGAGAGCUUCUCGCAGGUGGACCUAGGUGGACGGGUGAUGAAGAUUAACACCGAGGUGCGCAGUUUUGGGCCCGUCUCCAAGAACGGUUUCUACCUGGCCUUCCAGGACUACGGGGGCUGCAUGUCCUUGAUUGCCGUCCGCGUCUUCUACCGCAAGUGUCCCCGUGUGAUCCAAAACGGGGCCGUCUUCCAAGAAACCCUCUCAGGAGCGGAGAGCACUUCGCUGGUGGCGGCCCGGGGGACGUGCAUCGCCAACGCGGAGGAGGUGGACGUGCCGAUCAAGCUCUACUGCAACGGGGACGGCGAGUGGCUGGUGCCCAUUGGCCGCUGCAUGUGCCGGGCAGGCUACGAGUCGGUGGAGAACGGGACCGUCUGCAGAGGCUGCCCGUCAGGGACAUUCAAGGCGAGCCAAGGGGAUGAAGGAUGCGUCCACUGCCCGAUUAACAGCCGGACAACUUCAGAAGGGGCCACGAACUGCGUGUGCCGAAAUGGAUAUUACCGGGCAGACGCGGAUCCUGUCGACAUGCCGUGCACCACCAUCCCGUCUGCCCCCCAGGCUGUCAUCUCCAGCGUGAACGAGACCUCUCUGAUGCUGGAGUGGACCCCGCCGCGGGACUCGGGGGGCCGGGAGGACCUGGUGUACAACAUCAUCUGCAAGAGCUGCGGCUCCGGCCGUGGGGCGUGCACGCGCUGCGGGGACAAUGUGCAGUUCACCCCCCGGCAGCUGGGGCUGACGGAGCCCCGCAUCUACAUCAGCGAUCUGCUAGCCCACACCCAGUACACCUUCGAGAUCCAGGCGGUGAACGGCGUCACCGACCAGAGCCCCUUCUCCCCGCAGUUUGCGUCGGUGAACAUCACCACCAACCAGGCUGCUCCUUCAGCCGUGUCCAUCAUGCACCAGGUCAGCCGCACCGUGGACAGCAUCACCCUCACGUGGUCUCAGCCUGACCAACCCAACGGAGUCAUCCUGGAUUAUGAGCUGCAAUAUUAUGAGAAGGAGCUGAGCGAGUUAAAUUCGACGACAGUGAAGAGCCCCACCAACACUGUGGCAGUGCAAAACCUCAAAGCCGGCACCAUCUACGUCUUCCAGGUGCGGGCGCGUACUGUGGCCGGGUACGGCCGGUAUAGUGGCAAGAUGUAUUUCCAGACCAUGACUGAAGCCGAGUACCAGACCAGUGUCCAGGAGAAACUGCCUCUCAUCAUCGGCUCCUCGGCGGCAGGAGUGGUGUUCCUCAUCGCCGUGGUCGUCAUCGUUAUUGUGUGCAACAGAAGACGGGGCUUUGAACGUGCUGACUCCGAGUACACUGACAAGCUGCAGCACUAUACCAGUGGCCACAUGACUCCAGGGAUGAAGAUUUAUAUUGAUCCGUUCACCUACGAAGAUCCCAAUGAGGCUGUCAGGGAAUUUGCAAAAGAAAUCGAUAUCUCUUGUGUCAAAAUCGAGCAGGUGAUCGGGGCAGGGGAGUUUGGCGAGGUGUGCAGCGGGCAUCUCAAGCUUCCUGGCAAAAGAGAGAUCUUUGUGGCCAUCAAGACCCUGAAGUCUGGUUACACGGAGAAGCAGAGAAGAGACUUCUUGAGCGAAGCCAGCAUCAUGGGGCAGUUCGACCACCCCAACGUCAUCCAUCUGGAGGGGGUGGUGACCAAGAGCUCACCAGUCAUGAUCAUUACUGAGUUCAUGGAGAACGGCUCGCUGGACUCCUUCUUGCGGCAAAACGAUGGGCAGUUCACAGUG